AUGGACGCGGCGGCCGCCGACGACGACAGCAUGCGGCAGGUGGUGCUGGGGAAAUACGAGAUGGGCCGGAUGCUGGGGAAAGGCACCUUCGCCAAAGUCUACUACGCCAAGCACAAGUCCACUGGAGAGAGCGUGGCGAUCAAGGUGAUGAACAAGGAGCAGGUGAAGAAAGAAGGCAUGAUGGAGCAGAUCCAGCGAGAAAUCUCCGUCAUGCGCCUCGUCCGGCACCCAAACGUCGUCGAAUUGAAGGAAGUCAUGGCGACCAGAUCCAGAAUCUUCUUCGUGAUGGAGUAUGUGAAGGGCGGGGAGCUCUUCGCGAAAGUAGCGAAGGGGAAAUUGAAGGAGGAGACGGCGAGGAAGUAUUUCCAGCAGCUGAUCUCCGCCGUCGAUUUCUGCCACAGCAGAGGGGUUUCGCAUCGGGAUCUGAAGCCGGAGAAUCUGCUGCUGGACGAUAACGAGGAUUUGAAGGUUUCCGAUUUCGGCCUCUCUGCUCUGCCGGAGCAGCUACGGAACGACGGGCUUCUGCACACGCAGUGUGGGACCCCUGCCUACGUGGCGCCGGAGGUGCUGCGGAGGAAGGGGUACGACGGCGCCGCGUCGGAUCUGUGGUCGUGCGGCGUGAUUUUGUUUGUUCUCGUCUCGGGGUUUCUCCCCUUUCAGCACCAGAAUUUGAUGAGGAUGUAUAGCAAGGUUUUCAAGGCGGAGUUCGAGUGUCCGCCGUGGGUUUCCGUGGAGGCGAGGAGGUUGAUCUCGAAGCUUCUGGUGGCGGAUCCGUCGAGGAGGAUUACGAUUCCGGCGAUUAUGCGCGUGCCUUGGUUUCGCAAGGGGUUUUCCGUUCCCCUGGUUUUUUCAAUCCCUAAGAAGGAAGAAGAAGAGGAAGGAGAAGAGGAAGGGAUUGUCAAUUCUUCGUCAAUUCCGAAGAUCUCGUCGCCGAAAUUCUUCAACGCGUUUCAAUUCAUCUCGUCGAUGUCGUCGGGAUUCGACCUGUCGAGUCUAUUCGAGAGCACUCGGCGGCGGCGGGGGUCGAUGUUCACUUCGAGGUGCUCGGCGGCGGCGAUUAUGGAGCGGAUGGAAGGUUUCGCGAAGGGGAUUAAUUUUAGGGUUGGGAGGGUGAAGGAUUUCAAGAUGAGCUUGACGGGGGGAACGGAAGGGAGGAAAGGGAGGCUGACGGUGACGGCGGAGGUUUUCGAGGUAGCGCCGGAGGUGGCGAUCGUACAGUUCUCGAAAUCGGCCGGCGACACUUUGGAGUAUGUGAAGUUCUGCGAAGAAGACGCCAGGCCGGCGUUGAAGGACAUCGUGUGGACUUGGCAAGGGGAGAACGGCGACGACUCCGUUUGUAACGGUGGUAACGGUUACGUGGAAGACCGUCUGAAAGCGACAAUCUCUAUGUAG